AUUCCAUGGCCGAGGCGCGGUGCGGACAGGAGCAGAGUAUGCGGGACGUGCGAGACUCGGGUGGUGGAAGGAGGCACCCUCGUCGACCAAACGCACCAGCAGAGAGAAAUAAACCAGAUCAACAGCCCUCCAGCCAAGGGGCUCUUUCCUCCAUCCGGGCUGCCAUCAUGAGAACUUCUAGAAGCACAGCUCAGGAACAGCACAGAGAGAGACGCCGCAGACGACCACAGAUCACCAUCCUCUCCGCAGAACCAAUGGCUCCUUCCUGGUUCCCAGCAGCCCCUCCCCCAUCAACAGUACAGCUCCCUCCCCCCUCUUAUGAGCAGGUGCUGAGAGAGAAGACUCGUGAGCAGCAGCAGCAGCAGCUCGUCUCUCCUUCUCCUUCCCCUUCUCCUUCUCCUCUCACCACCUCAUCCCUCGCUCCAUCUCCCUCUCCGUCGCACUCCACCAUCGCAACACAGACUGAUGUUCCACCCGUACCCCACCCCCACAGGCCACUGCAGGCAACCCAACAACAAGAGCGGCCCGUGAGUACCUCAGGUCAGAAGACCUCCCAGGCCACCCAAACCCCCCUGUCCCCCAAGCCAGACGUUGACACACACACACCUGCGCACACAUCCACCGACCAUCUGCUAACGCAGCAGCCAGUCCGUCCCAGACCCCGUCCCCGCUCCAGAGCAGACCUGCGGCCAAUCAGCCAAGAGGUAGCCGGCUCUCCGCCAAUGAGUGGCGAGAGUCCUGGCAGUGGCAUGCCAAAGUCCCGGUCCCUGAGCAGUGAGAUUGUUGUUGCUCAGCCUGUCAGCGGCGAAAGAGUGGUGCCUCAACAAUCGAGAGCGAGCGUGCAGUGA